AUGACUGACGAGAGCGAUGGCAGAAGAAAUACAGAUUAUUUCCUGCGUUUCGUACCAGAAGAUCCACCAAAUGUGGAAAAUCCUGACGAAACAUGUUGUCAUCGAGUAACUUGCUGCUUUCCAUUUCUACGUGAAAAAUUAGUGACCCAACCACUGUCAACAUGCGCGAAACAAGAAUUAACGUGGUCCGAUUUAUUUUGGAUAAAAACGUUCAUAAUUCUCACGCUGAUAACAUACGUACUCCUGUAUUGUCUUCUGGGUCCACUGAUGCUGCCAGGAGGCAAUAUGUUCGGUUUAUUUAUAAUAGUUCUACUAUCCUACUUUCUGGGCUGGUCCCUCACCUACAUUCCGUAUCUGCAUUUACCGCCUGUUUUUGGAAUGCUAAUGGCAGGUAUUAUUAUUCGAAAUACUCAUUUGUUUAACAUGAAGGAGGAAUUUGGUGCGGCAGACGCAAAAAUUCGCACAUUCUGCAUGGCGUUUAUAACACUUCGAAUUGGAUUGCAAAUAACGACAUCGCCAAUCAGGGAGCAUCCGUAUUUUCUUAUGGUUCUUGCUUUUCUGCCUUGCACAAUGGAAGUAUUGGGUGUUGGUGUUUGUGUCAAAUUUCUUCUUCAAAUGCCAUGGAAUUGGGCUUUCCUCGCUGGGACAAUAAUUGCCUGCAUGUCACCAGUUAUAACUGUGAAUUGCAUUUUGGCACUUGCUGAACGUGGAUAUGGUGAAGAUAAAGGAAUGGCGUCUUUACUUUGUGCAGCAACAUCGAUUGACGAUGUUCACAUUGUUGCCCUAUACGCCUUCUGCUAUUCUACAGUUUUCAGUCACGAUGAACUCAGAACAGAAUGGUGGUCUUAUAUCCCCGGAGGAAUAAGAGAUUUUCUACUUGCCAUUAUCGCUGGAACUUUUCUAGGCACGCUCUUCAUAUUUUUUCCGCAUCGCAAUCACAAAUACGCGACCGAGUUUCGAUUGGCCUGCUUAUCAUUAAGCUCAUUGAUGUUUUGCUUUCUAAUAUCGAAAAUUUCAGUGACUGGCGGAGGAUUUCUUGCAUCAGUCAUUAUGUCAUUUAUCGCGUCGACAGGAUGGCGAAUCUUAUCGGCAUCGUUUGACCUUGCACCUUUUAGAAAAGCCAGUUCUGUUAUAUGGCAUUUUAUGCAACCGAUAUUAGUGGGAGUUAUCGGUGCUGAUAUUGAUUUUCACGAUUGGUCUUCUGGAAGAUUUGGUCUAUACGCCGUCUGCAUUUUAAUUGGAUUAAUAGUUCGCAGUUCUUUUGUCAUGUUAUCAACAUUGCGAACUGAAUUCACCUUCAAGGAAAGAAUUUUCAUUGCUCUAGCAUGGCUGCCGAAAGGAACUCUUCAAGCUGCCCUGGCACCAUUAGCAUUAGAACAGGCGAGGAACGCUGAAAAUGCAGGCGAUAUAGAACUAGCAACAGACAUUGUACGACUAUCUGUAGUGGCUGUUGUGUUUCUUGCACCUCUAGGAGCUAUUAUAAUGAUGGCCACUGGACCCUUACUACUAAACAAGAUCACAGCUGAGGAACAAGAGAGAAAAAGACGAUUAAGUUACUUGCGUAUGUUGAGUCUUCAACCUGUCAUUAAAAAUGACAAUCGCAAUUUAACUGAUAUUCCCGAAUAA